AUGGCGUCUAAGGAGUCUCUGGACCAUGGCCGUACCGACUCGUACCGCGUCGCCACCAUCGGCCCCAUUAAAGACGAUAAUAGAACUGCUGACGGACAGUACAAGACACGCCGGAAACCCCCCGCGAAGAAACGGAAAGCAGGAGAUUUAGAUGAUCUAAAACAAGAGUUGGAUAUUGAUUACCAUAAAGUUACACCAGAAGAGCUAUACCAAAGAUUUCAGACACACCCAGAAAAUGGCCUUAGUCACGCAAAAGCGAAAGAAAACCUUGAAAGAGACGGUCCAAAUGCACUCACUCCGCCAAAACAGACGCCCGAAUGGGUGAAGUUUUGUAAAAAUCUGUUCGGUGGUUUCGCGUUAUUAUUGUGGAUUGGUGCUAUUCUAUGCUUUAUUGCCUAUGGAAUUCAGGCUAGUACCGUAGAAGAACCAGCGGAUGACAAUCUUUACCUCGGCAUUGUACUGGCAGCUGUCGUUAUCGUGACGGGUAUCUUCUCGUACUAUCAGGAAAGCAAGUCAUCGAAGAUUAUGGAAUCCUUUAAGAACAUGGUGCCACAAUUCGCUACCGUCAUCCGCGAGGGUGAGAAGUUAACGCUGCGCGCUGAGGAUCUGGUACUCGGAGAUAUUGUAGAGGUGAAAUUCGGUGAUCGUAUUCCUGCUGAUAUCCGAAUCAUCGAAGCGCGAGGCUUCAAGGUAGACAACUCAAGUUUAACCGGAGAAUCAGAGCCCCAAUCGCGAGGAGCCGAUUUCACCAAUGAAAACCCUCUGGAAACCAAAAACUUGGCAUUCUUCUCUACUAACGCGGUUGAAGGAACGGCGAAGGGCAUUGUCAUCUGCUGCGGAGACAACACGGUGAUGGGUCGUAUUGCUGGCUUGGCCUCUGGAUUGGACACCGGCGAAACCCCUAUCGCUAAAGAAAUUCACCAUUUCAUCCAAUUGAUUACUGGCGUGGCUGUGUUCCUUGGUGUCACCUUCUUCGUCAUUGCAUUUAUCCUCGGAUACCAUUGGCUAGACGCAGUCAUUUUUCUUAUUGGUAUCAUCGUCGCCAAUGUACCCGAAGGUUUACUGGCUACUGUAACCGUAUGUUUGACCUUAACGGCUAAGCGGAUGGCCUCAAAGAACUGCCUGGUCAAGAAUCUAGAGGCUGUGGAGACCCUCGGCUCUACUUCUACCAUUUGCUCUGACAAGACUGGAACUCUGACACAAAAUAGAAUGACCGUCGCUCACAUGUGGUUCGAUAAUCAGAUUAUUGAAGCUGACACUACUGAAGAUCAGUCCGGUGUUCAAUAUGACCGUACUAGCCCCGGAUUCAAAGCUCUGGCCAAGAUCGCUACUCUUUGCAACCGCGCUGAAUUCAAGGGUGGUCAGGAUGGGGUACCAAUACUGAAGAAGGAAGUAGCUGGUGACGCUUCCGAAGCUGCUCUGCUCAAAUGUAUGGAACUAGCUCUUGGUGAUGUCCUAUCGAUCAGAAAGCGCAACAAGAAGGCAUGCGAGAUUCCCUUCAACUCGACCAACAAAUAUCAGGUCUCGAUUCACGAAAGCGACGAUCCUAGUGACCCCCGUCAUUUGCUCGUCAUGAAGGGUGCUCCUGAAAGGAUUUUGGAACGCUGCAGCACAAUUUUCAUUGGUGGCAAGGAAAAGGUUUUGGACGAGGAAAUGAAGGAAGCCUUCAACAAUGCUUACUUGGAACUUGGAGGUCUAGGUGAACGUGUGCUCGGUUUUUGUGAUCUGCAACUUCCAUCUGACAAGUACCCUAUUGGCUACAAGUUCAACACUGAUGACCCUAACUUCCCAUUGGACAACCUUCGCUUUGUAGGCCUGAUGAGUAUGAUUGAUCCUCCUCGCGCUGCUGUCCCUGAUGCCGUUGCCAAGUGCCGAUCUGCUGGUAUCAAGGUUAUCAUGGUGACUGGUGAUCACCCUAUCACUGCCAAGGCUAUUGCGAAGUCUGUAGGUAUCAUCUCUGAAGGCAACGAGACUGUUGAGGAUAUUGCUGCUCGUCUGAACAUUCCUGUAUCUGAAGUAAAUCCACGUGAAGCAAAGGCGGCUGUUGUCCACGGCACUGAGUUGAGAGAGCUGAAUUCCGAUCAACUUGAUGAAAUUUUGAAGUUCCACACUGAAAUCGUGUUUGCCCGGACCUCACCGCAACAGAAGCUGAUCAUCGUAGAAGGUUGCCAGCGUCUCGGUGCAAUUGUGGCUGUGACCGGUGAUGGUGUAAAUGACUCGCCCGCCCUGAAGAAGGCUGACAUUGGCGUUGCUAUGGGUAUCGCUGGAUCUGAUGUGUCUAAACAAGCUGCCGACAUGAUCCUGCUUGAUGACAACUUCGCGUCAAUAGUAACUGGUGUAGAGGAGGGUCGUUUAAUCUUCGACAACUUGAAGAAAUCAAUUGCGUAUACCCUAACCUCCAACAUUCCCGAAAUCUCGCCUUUCCUUGCUUUCAUCUUAUGCGACAUCCCAUUGCCACUGGGCACCGUAACUAUCCUAUGCAUCGAUCUUGGAACUGACAUGGUGCCAGCUAUAUCGUUGGCGUACGAGGCGCCCGAGUCCGAUAUCAUGAAGCGGCAGCCGCGGGACCCUUACCGCGACAACCUCGUCAACAGAAGGCUUAUUUCGAUGGCGUAUGGUCAGAUCGGUAUGAUCCAAGCCGCCGCUGGUUUCUUCGUGUACUUCGUGAUUAUGGCUGAAAAUGGCUUCUUGCCACUAACACUCUUCGGCAUCAGAAAGAUGUGGGACUCCAAGGCUAUCAACGAUUUGACCGACUCCUAUGGACAGGAAUGGACUUACCGUGACCGUAAAGCUCUGGAGUUCACCUGUCACACUGCUUUCUUCGUUUCGAUCGUCGUAGUACAAUGGGCUGAUCUGAUCAUUUGCAAGACCCGUCGUAAUUCCAUCGUCCACCAGGGCAUGCGCAACUGGGCUCUCAACUUUGGUAUUAUCUUCGAAACGGCGCUUGCUGCAUUCCUCUCGUACACCCCUGGAAUGGAUAAGGGAUUAAGGAUGUACCCGCUCAAGUUUGUGUGGUGGUUGCCCGCCAUUCCAUUCAUGCUGUCGAUCUUCAUCUACGACGAGAUCCGGCGCUUCUAUCUCCGCCGCAACCCCGGCGGCUGGCUCGAACAAGAGACUUACUACUAA